AUGGAAGAAUACAAAAAAUAUUAUGACCUACCUCUUGCAAUUUGACCAAGAUCGCGAACACCUUCAAUAACUUCAGAAUCAUGCAGAAAACCAGUAUUAGAUCCGGUUGAUUGCUGAAACCUCUCCAAAGGAGAAGGGAGGAAAAUCCCAGGAGUAAUAAAACAAAUAAGAGCAAAACAAUUUAGAAUAAAACGAAGAGAAGAUUUUCCUAAAAAUUCUCGUCCUGCUGAGCCUAGCCCUUUUGAACAUGAUAAACAAAUAAUUCGUGUCCAAGAGCAGCUAAAAAAUAUUGAAAAAAUAAGUAGUCAGCCAAUUUCUCAUAAAAAAUACCCACUGCUGCUGGAUGAAAAUCGGCCUUUAUUAAUUGAUGCACACAAUAACUAUAUAUCUCAAACCAAAAAGCCAAGAAAACCAGAAAGUAGGCCUUUAGCAAUUAUCACUAAUAAUGAUUUAAAUUCAGAAAGAUUACUACAAAAGCAGCCAAUCACUCCAAGUUUUCAGCCAAAAAAGACUGAAAUGGUUUUUGAAAGCACAGGAGGUAGUGAUGACUUUUUUACUGAAGAAGCUCAAACAGUCCCAACUGAAAUGUCUUUUUCUGAGCAAUACCCAGAAAAGGAUUACAAUUUCCCAAAUUCAAACUUAGACACCAUUAGCAACAAAAAAUAUUUAAAUAUGCCACUUAUAAUAGGCACAAAAUCGUUAACAGAGUCUGGCAAAAAGAUAAAUUUAGAGGACGCUUAUCAAAUUUUCCCUAAAAUUGAUAGUAAAAUACCUAGGGAAAUAAAAAGAAUAAGGGCUAGACAGUUUAAAAAUCAUAGAAAAGAUGAUGAUUGCAAAACUUGCAGAUCUUGCACACCAAGUAUGGAUACAAAUUUUAUUGAAUUAGACCCACAAAUUGUAAAAAUACAAGAACAGCUGAAAAACAUUGAAAAAAUUAAUAGUGAAAACUCAAGGAGUAAUAAGAAAAUUGCAAUUAGUAAUGGUGAUAAGUCAUUGUUUAAUAAUACAUGCUAUGAUUGAAAAGCUAAAAGGCUUCAGUUUUUAAAAAAAGGGAAAUCUUCAAGCUAUAACGAAGAUCGGCCUUUGGCCAUUGAUACAAAUAAUGAUUUAAAAUCGCAAGGAAAGCAGCCAAUCACUCCAAGUUUUCAAUCGAAAACCAAAGAUAUAAAAUUCGAAAGCACAGGGGGAAGUGAUACUUUUUUAGCAGAAGACGCAAACCCUGCGGAGCUUUCUUUUUCAGAAGAAAAACCAAGAAUCAGCCGGAUUUUCCAUCCAAAAUUUGCUUAA